AUGGACCCUGAAGUUUGCGCCACUCUUGGAACGACAAGCUGCUGUUCAUUCGAUAAUCUGGUUUCUCUGGGUCCCGUUUGUCAUUCGUACAAUUUAUGGCUACAUAUUGAUGCGGCGUAUGCCGGGAGUGCUCUCAUUUGUCCGGAAUUUCAAUACCUCGCCAACGGCAUCGAAUACGCGUGUUCCAUAAAUUCCAACCCGAACAAGUGGAUGUUGGUCGGUUUCGACUGCAGCUUGAUGUGGGUACGCGACCGCCAAGCUUUAACCAGUUCCAUGGCUGUAGACCCCAUCUAUCUGCAACACAAACAUUCAAGUAAAGCGAUUGAUUUCCGGCACUGGGGAAUUCCUCUCAGCCGUCGGUUCAGGUCACUGAAGUUGUGGUUUGUCAUGAGGGCCUACGGCGCGAGCGGACUGAGGUCGUACAUCAGGAACCACGUAGCGUUGGCGAGGCUGUUUGCACAGAACAUCAGGACGGAUGAUCGCUUUGAACUGGUUGGUGACGCGCUGUUAGGACUCGUUUGCUUUCGAUUGAAGGGAUCGAACGCGCUUAACCAACUCCUUACCCGAGCCAUCAACGAAAGUUUGCGGCUACACGUUGUGCCCGGAGUGGUGAAGGAUCUAUACUUUAUUCGAUUCGCUAUUUGUCGCGAAAAUGCCACUUCAGUGGAUGUUGAAAAAGCCUGGCACUGGAUUAAACAGCUCGCACUGGAGAUAUUGGCUGCGAAGGAAGCGCUGGACAGCUGGUAUGGGCGUUUAUCGACCAGAUUCAAGGAACCGCUUGAGUUGGACGAUACAAGUUUGGAAAAUCUGUAUCCCUCUGAGCACAGCGAUGAUGAGGAACAGAAUGAAUUUGAGGCUGAUCAUGAGAGUGUUCAUAUGUCAAAGUUAGAGACAGAACUUGCUAGCUUUGCCAAAUAUCGCUUAGACAAACUUCUGGAAGUCGGGGAAACUGAAGCACACAGGACUUUACUGCAUUAUCUGCAAAGGCUCGGAUGGGACACGUCGCGCUUGCUACGUAGGGGUGAUGCAAACUCUGAUGGACCUCAGGAUGCACCGUGGGAAGUGCACAAUUCACUGGGGACUGUGCCAGGCAGCAGUGAAGUGAAGAAUGGACUAGACUUAAUUUCAAGGAUUCAGAAUUUUACGUUACAAGUCCAUUCGAAGCCGUGUGUCCGGAAGACGCGAAGACGCACGCAGUCGGCAGAUUUCAGUGGAUCACUUCAAAAGCAUGAUGGACAUGAAUUCCGGGGUCUUAUGCACCGCACGCAAACCUUCAGUUCCGCCAUAAUCCAUGGCGAAUCGCGCAAUCCUUCACCUUCGCGGUUGUCCCCUUCUGACAACAUCCCAAAAUCUGCCUGGGUUACUUCGCAUUCUUUCGCUGUUCCAGAGCAAAUCCCAUCAGCGAUUCCGCUGCAUUGGAAAGUGCCAGAACUACCUCAUACUGCGUGUGGCACCGUUCAUACGGGCUUUCGACGUCUGACGAGCAUGCGCGCGUUUCAGAACGAAUGUGACGCACAAGGACCACGUAUCAGUGAGAGGGACUUGGGAGUUGGUGCCAUACACACAAAGACAUUGACGAAACUGAGGCGUCACAGCUUGAUCCGAAUGCUAGCCGACCCCAUAUGCCUAGACGAAUCUGGACAAACUGACUGCACAAGCGAGCGAUAUAAAGAUGGGAACAUUGCAAGCAGAAGUUGGCGAUAUAAAGUGAUGGAAUUCAACAGAAUGUUAAAGUCGUUUGAAUAUGCGAAAAGUAACGAACCUAACCGUUCAACCAUAUAAAAUUAACUCUCAGAGACGAUAAGAGAAAGUAUCCUUCAGUUGGCGCUCAUUGGGUCUUCACAUGCCGCUUCGCUAGAAGACAAAAAUGCAACAUUCGAGACUUGAGCUACAUCAAAGACAACAGAUGACUUUCCGUAAUUUCCAAUCUCUUUUAUAAACACCUUAAUUCUAUUGUGGAAUCGAACAUCUGAACGAUUUGAAGCUGUAAGUUAAUCCGUUCGUGUGGUUAGUAACCCCAUCCAUAAAACGAUUGUCCUCUAUGAAAAUUUUUGUUUAAAUUAAUGCCAUUAUGCCUUGGGCUUCCUACCUAAACUCAUUAUUGUGUGAAAUUAAUAAAGCUAAUAUUGCA